AUGAUGGAAGGUGGCGAGCUUCCCACAGACUGUCUUGUGCAGGAAGUUUUCGUUUUGUCUCAUGGAGUUCUGUUCCCAAUUGUUUCUGCACCACCAUUGGCACAUGAAUUGUCUGUGCUGGUGCUAAAGGCAAUGACACUAGGCAUUUCUAGCAUCGAGACGACUUCUUGCGCGACGGGCUACGUGCUGUGUGCGCUGGGACUCUACCCGGAAUGGCAGGACUUGGCACAGCGCGAGCUGGACGACUGUUUCGGAACUGGGGGCGACUACCUACGACCUGUCACCACUGCAGACCUUUCCCAGCUGAAAGUCAUCGACGCCAUUAUGAAGGAGACUGGGCGGCUGUUCACGACGGUGCCCUGCAUGCCGUACCUGGUGGCUGAGGACACACCGCUGGCAGGCGGCCGCCACGUCGCGCCCCAGGGCAGCACGGCGCUCAUAGCCUACUACCUGAUGCACCGCCACCCCGAGCUCUUCUCCCAGCCGGACAAGUUCGACCCCGGCCGUUUCCUGGAGGGCGGCAGCGCCACGUUCAGGAAACCCUACAGCUACAUCCCUUUUGGCAUGGGCGCUCGCAAGUGUAUUGGCAGCCGAUAUGCAGUACUGCAGAUGAAAGUCAUCCUAGCGACGGUUCUGCGGCGCUACAGAAUACUUCCCGGAACGAGCAGGGAGGAACUGGAAGAGAGUGUGAUCUCAUUAUCAUCUCACCCAAUAACAGGCUUCAGAGUUACUUGUAUCCCACGAGAAAACUUGCCCUCCAAUUCAGUGUAA